AGAACCUCAGGCAGUGUCUAGCCAGAGAACGAGAGCUCAGUGUGGAGCGCACACUGUAGAGCUACUACGACUACAAAGUAAGAGACAUUAAAUAAACCAGUCAUCAGAGACGGGAGAAACUUUUCUUUUGUUGUUUUGCUUUCUUUCUGUGUCGCACGAGAAGGCAGAAGCGAUGUUGCAUUUCAGCAGAACGUUCGAGAAUGAAAAGCUGCAGCUUCAGGAGUUGAAUAAGAGGCUCAGCCAGUACCUGUCCCGGGUGAAGCAGCUGGAGCUGGAGAACGCCUCCCUCCUCACGGAGAUCAGCACUCUGAGGCAGGAGAGGACAGGGGAGUGGGAGCAGCAGCAGCACAUGGAGGAGCUGCGGGGGCUCCGUAGAGCAGUGAACCAGCUGGCUCUUGAGAAAGCCCAAGCCGAGAUGGAGCGAGAGAGGCUGCGCAGAGAAUUCCAGCUGCUGCAGGAGCUGAUCUGCCAGGAGAGUGGUGCAUGCAGGGACAUCCACGGGGAGCUGACAGGGUGCGACAAGCACCUCCAGCAAGCCUGCUUGAAGAACCUCACCCUGGAGGAGCACCUCCUGAAGCUGCAGAGGGAGCAACAAGCCCUGGAGGACAGCCAUAGACAAGAGAUCUGUGCGCUCCGAGAGCAGCUCUGUUCCAGGCUCAUGCCCAUGAUCACCCAACGGGGCCAAGGACCCCCAGCACUAACCCUGGAAGAGGUGGAGGAGUAUAUGCUGAGCAUGUCCCAGGCCUGGGCCCACACUGUGGAGCUGCACCGCACGAGGGUCGAGGAGCUUGAGGAGUCCCUGCGGCUGGACCAGCAGAGGCAGGAGGAGCUGGGCAGAGAGAAGAGGCAGAGCGCCGCUCAGCUGGAGAAGCUGCGUAAGGAGAUGCACAGGCAGAGCCACAUCCAGGAGGGACUGGAAAGCGAGCUCGUCAACCUGCAGGAGAGCUGCUACCAGGAGCUGCAUGACUACCAGGUGCUGAUUGAGCAGCUGGAUGAAGAGAGGAGAGAGCUGAGUGUCGCCAUCGCAGAAAAGCUGAAGGACCAGCAGGAGCUCAUGCAGGUGAAGAUGGGGCUCAGCAUGGAGGUCGCCACCUACAGGGCACUGCUAAAGGAGGAGAAGAUGGAAACAUACCUUUGGACAGACCAGCAUGUGAGACAAGCACCCAGAAAUAGAGGCAUUGGAAAGCCGGCCCACACAUACACGGUAAAGCACUCAGCGGUGAAGAGGGAGGACGGAAGGAAACCGUUUCCAUUCAGCUCACAAACAGACGUUAGAUAUGAGGAACGUGCCUCCAGUGCAAGCACAGUCUCAAGGCUAGGUCAGGUCAGAACCUAUGAAGCGAGCAGAACAGUUCCAAGUGGUUUCUCAGAGAGAGUCCUGCUGGGUGGUACCCAAGUGCCUUCUGCUGCCAGAAAAGUUAUCUCAUCAUCUGCAAGAACCAUACAGGUCUCCUCUAGUUCAUCCAGGGCAGUUCCCCAGCAGGCCGAAAGAAAGAGCGUUGAAAUUAAACCAAGGGUGUUGGUCGAGAAGACCAUGAGAUCAACAGAGAUGACCACACAUCCUGCCAGAGACUCUGCUAUUAACCUUCAGAGAUCCAGCAACGAGAACAGAGCAGGGCCACCUACUGCAGAUCAGAAGCCUACACCAGAGGACAUAACCAACAAGAGGAUUGUUACAUCACCCGUCAAGGCACCUCAAGAUCCAGAAUCUGCUGAUGAAAGCAAGGUAAAGAUUACGGAGGUCACAAUCGCCAGGAAAGAGUCAACUGAAGAGGAAUCUGUGGACCUUAACGGAUUCAGAGUCAACCAAGGACAGGUUCCAGAGAACAAAGAGGUGAAAACCACACUUCAGGGACUCCAGGUUCAAAACGGCACUGGUGCACAAAAACAAGGCUUUGGAGAAGAUCAUCCAGGGGGUCAAACUGCUGCUAAAUAUUUCAGCGAGCCGCAGAUUCAAAUUGAUAAAAAACAUAAGGAACAGAUUGCAGGUGCAAGCCCAGAAGAUGAAAAAAGAUCUAUAACAGAGGAAAAAGUCUUGGAUACCAUAACCAUGGAAGACAUUCUUCAGCAGGUGGUAAAUCCUUCUGGUUUGCAGACGACACUCAGCUCCUCUCCCGACUCUAAGGUCACCUACCAUGUUGAAAAGACAGAGGUGGAAGAUGGAACAACCAAGACCCAGAUUUUCUUACAGUCUACCGUGCGGGAGGACCUGGACACAUCCAAUGAUUCCGUUCUGGAGGAGCUGCUAAAUAAGGACGUGAAAAGAACUGCUUUGGAGGAUAUCAGGGGAACCCCGACAGGAAGCAUGAUCGAAAACCUUCUCAGCCUGGGCAUGACCGGAUGGGAGAAUCGGGAGAACAUGGCAGUCAAUGUCGAGAUUAUCGAGGAACCACUGGAAAAUCAAAGCGAUGAAGAAAAAGAGGAAAAGCUCUCAUCGACAUUCUUUCAGAUCGAGGAGCUUGAAAACGCUCCCCUGGAUGUUAAAGAGUCUGUGGGCAGUGAAGAGGUGCUGAACGUAACCAUGACAGCUGAAGAGCUGAGGAAGAGGCAGUUUUCAGACAAGGACCCAUCCUUUCAAACCUGGGUCCAAAAAGACGAGUAUUUUUUGUCUAUGCCAGAUGAUUACACGUCUGAACACCAGGAAAGCGGCCUUUCAUCUUUCGACUGCUAUGGAAUGAGACAGGAGUGGUCAGGAGAUGAAAGGUACUGGCAACAGGAGCCAGGACCCAACCAGGAGCAAAGCUUCACUGAUACAAUGACUAAACAUUACAGGAGAGAACCUCAAGCUUCAGAGCCAAGAGCAGAGUUCGACAGAGCAGAGAUCGAUAAGCAGACUUCGUCUGAGUGCGUCGUAGAAGAAAUCAAGGUUCCACGUAAAGUUCAAGAAUCAGUGUUGGAACGGCUGAGAGAGGAUGGGCACAGUCCAAAGGAGCAGCUGAAAGGGGCUUUGGAGCAACUGAAAGGAACGGCGUCUGACAAUUUGACAGAGGAACUGGCUAUGUUAACCAGCAACGGACAGGACAGCUCCGAUAACCUGGCUGUUGAUAUCAGAAAAGUACAGCAGUCUUCUGACAGUGGUGUGGUGACCAUCGUCGCGGAAAUCAAUGUUUCCCAAAAUCUUGAGUCAGGCCUCCCGGAGGGACAGGGAGAAGAAGUUUCCGAUGAGCAGGUAAUGGCAGCUCACAGCGCAGAUAACAAAGAACCGAAGAUUACAGUUUCCACAGAUCAAGACGUGAGAGUGCAGAGAAUGAGCUGGACCGCGAGCAGCAAAGACCCAGGGAGCCCAAACGCAGAGCACUCAGCCCCCGACAUCAACAAAUCGGUGAAGCACAUUAAACUGGGUCCCUCUGAGAAAUCAUUCACUUUCCAGAUGGACGUCUCCCAGGUUGAAACUUCCACCACUGGCAAGGGGCCACAAGAAGCAAAAGCUUUUAAUUCCCAGGCAGAGUUCACUGACGGAGCCAACGGGAGGGCAGUCAGGGAGGAAGUUUAUCAGUACGUGCAAAGGGCCGGGGAGGAUGGGGAGGAGCAGGUAGAGAUGUAGGAUCCCAGCCAAGGUCAAACAGCAGCACAGUUUGCGUUUUCCAAAGCACUGCAGCAGCACAGAAUAGUGGCCCCCCGAUCAGUGAUCAACAAGGAACAGAGGAUUGCGGCUGUUUACCUGGACGAAGAUGAUGAAGAUUAGCUGAAUGGACGUUAAGAGAUGCUGAAAAAGAUUUGCUGCUUGGUAAUCUGGAUUCACUAUUAGCAUCAGAGAUAACAAUAGUACCCCCCCCGAAAUCCAUGCCGCCCCCGAAAUCCAUGCCGUAAAAUCAGAUGCAAAGUAGAUUUUAUUCCACUUGAGUGUGAGUUUAUAACUGAAAGUCAGUUCUGAAGCUAUGAUGCUCAUUCAGCUCAUCAAUAAUCAUUUGUAACCAUCAGAAGCAAUCUUUAGCCAGGAUAUUACUGCUUCUACUUUUGAACAAUUAUAAUGCACAACUGUGUAAUGGUUUUGCUUAAUCAUUACAGGCCUGGGCACACCUGAAAUCCAAUUAGGUUCAAAACACUUAGAUUUCUGCACUACAUGAUUUCAAAGGUUAGUUUCACUGUGACAAAAUAGUUUCUGUCUCCAAGCUUCAUAAUAAUAACAGUGUUCUAGGAUACAUGACUAAAGGUAGAUCACUCCCCGACACACCUUUCUAGAAAGCUUUGAGACGCUGUGCAAGGUCCUGCAGAGUGACUGCAGUGUGCGCGUGGUGCUCCUGAUUGCCAAUGCUCAAGAUAAUACAGUAGCUUGGUAAACCACACCACACCACACACUGCUUUUGUAGCUGUCGCGUGCAUCCUGUAGCAUGGAAUGGCUUCAAUGGCAUUAUCACAGCCAUGUUUUAAACGUGCUGAAGAUCUUUGCUUAUUGUUCUACUGUAACUGGGAGAAGAGCAGGUUUUUUGUUUUUUAAUAUAUAAAACUUUAUGUGCUGCUUUUGUACAUCUAACCUUGUACGCAAUGUUGAGUUGCAGCAUGGGACGCUGACCUGCAGGACAGAGCUCACUCACUGCAGGAUAGAAUAAACACAGCCGCCUCAUAGAAAUCCCCUUUGGGCAUUCCCGAUCCCACACUAGUGGGUUCAAUCUGUGGCACUGUUCACCUGCAAUGAGUAACCCAGCAGCCGAAGCAAAGCAGACGUUGCUGUUGGACGAAAGGAAAGGGUUUUGUUUUUAAGUGUAGGAUGACGGCUUAAAUAUGACGCAGCGUCCCCUUUUGUGUAAGACUGAGGUUUAUCCAUUAUGAAUGGGGCAUUUUGCAAACCCCCUUUCCCCAGUUGUGUCCCUUGAAAGUGCCCUGCCUGUCAGUUCUGUCCGCGCCUGGUCCUGUGGUGUGUGCUGCCCUCCUUUCCACCCUCAUGCCAGUACAGCGCGAGACCCACAAGCACACAUGUUCCGACAGGGGUGCUGCAUCUCUUGCUUCCUUUAUUUUAGAAUCUUAAUAAACUGAUUUGCACGUACAGAUUUUUUGGCAGCUUUGUAUUUUACCCUUUUUUUGUUUGACACAGGUCAGUAUAAUUAAGAAAAUAAAAGCCCUUAAAAAAAAAAAAAAAAAAA